UCGCCGCCGGCCCGCACAGGGCCCAGGUGUCCCGGAGCGGCGCGGAGAUGCAGCCGCGGCUCUGGCUCCUGCUGGCCGCGCAGCUCGCAGCUCUCCACGGCAGCUCAGUCCUCCAGCAGACCCCUGGCUCCAUACAAGUGCAGACCAACCAAAUGGUGACGCUGUCCUGUGAGGCUAAAACCUCACUCAGUAACAUGCGCAUCUACUGGCUGAGACAGCGCCAGGCCCCGAGCAGUGACAGUCACCACGAGUUCCUAGCCCUCUGGGAUUCCACAAAAGGGACAAUCCAUGGCAAGGAUGUGGAACAGGAGAAACUAAUUUUGUUUCGGGACACAGCCCGGUUCAUCCUCAAUCUCACGCGUGUGAAGCCUGCGGACAGCGGCAUCUACUUCUGCAUGAUCAUCCGGAGUCCGGAGCUGAUCUUCGGGAAGGGAACUCAGCUGAGUGUGGUUGAUAUUCUUCCCACCACUGCCCAGCCCACCAAGAAGUCCACCCCCAAGAAGAAAGUGUGCCGGCUCCCCAGCCCAGUGACCCGGCAGGGCCCACCUUGUGGCCCCCUCACCCUCAGCCUGCUGGUGGCCGGUGUCCUGGUUCUGCUCGUGUCCCUGGGCGUGGCCAUCCACCUGCACUGCCGGCAGAGGAGAGCGCGGCUUCGCUUCAUAAAACAGUUUUACAAAUGAGCUGAGAAUACAGUCUUGGUGUCCUGCUACAAAAAGACAUUGGUCAGUAAUGAGCAAAAUCUGGAAAAAUGAGAGAAGGGACACAUCCGACCAUGGAGAUUUCACUGGCUGCUGAAGCUGCCUGCUUUUCACUGCUCCACGUCCUUCCUGCGGGCCACAAGCAUAGGAGCAACUUGUUAGUUGACCAUCCGGAAUCUUCCAGACUAGGCUUCAGAGCCCCGAGCGCACUUCGCAGAGCGUGCUGGAGGACGUAGUAGGAAAUGCUGCCCAUGAUACCACUUCCGGCUCCUCUACUCUCCCUGGGCUGGGUGGGACCUUCGGUGUCUUUGCAAGUUGCUUUGCCCUAGUAAGGCAGUGACGUUGGGUCCUGGGGGCUUUCAUGGGAUGGUGCUGGG